UCAGCCGGAAACGUUGAAUAAGCAAAAAGAUGGCGUCCACAGUGGAACAGCCUAACCGGAUAAAUCCCACCUUAGAAGAACUCGCGGAGGAAAAACGGAAAUUUCGAUAUCGAGCGGGUGCGUUUCUGGCAGCAGUCGGUUCAACGGCAGCCGUAGCUGGAUUCAGUAAAGCAAUCAUGUCGGCGAAGAAAUCGGACCCGAAGUAUUUCGAUAAAGGCCUGCACGGAAGCUUAGCGCUGCAUGAGGCUGGUACGAGUUUGGCAUUGCGAGCACUCGGCUGGGGUACACUGUAUGCAAUCCUUGGAACGGGAACUCUUUGCUACGGAAUAUGGAAGCUAAGCGGGGCGAGCAAUAUGGAAGACUUUCGUGAAUCAGUCGGUAAAGCAUUGCCCCGAGUUCCUCGCAACGAUCCACCAACGAGCCGUACUGAGUUUGAAGGGUUAACCGAUCUCAUGCAAUACCUUACGACAUGGGGAAAGGACGAGAAAAAUGUUUCUUCCUUGCCGAACAAGCAGUCUAGUCCGUAGGGAAUGUAUUAAGUAAUUUGGAAAUCGCAGAUCGAACCGAAAAGCUUAGCUGUAGUACGCCAUUUCAGUGGCAACGCGGAAUUCAAUGUAAAUAGAGAGUCAAUGUAUAUAGUAAUCCAAGUAAUGAGAUAUUUAUUUGUGCGAUAUGAGAAUUUUAAAACAUGCAAUAAUAAUUUCUGGUAACGGAAACAAACAUUAA